GAAUACAGUGGAUACUGUGUGGAUUUGAUUAAUGAACUGAAGGACAUGAUGGGAUUCCAGUACGAGAUUAAAGUUGUUGAGGACUACGGAAAUAUGGAUAUGGAUAUGUCAUGGAAUGGUAUGAUUAGGGAGCUGGUGGAUAAAAGAGCGGAUAUUGCUCUCGGAGCACUCAGUGUAAUGGCUGAAAGAGAAAAUGUAGUUGAUUUUACAGUUCCAUAUUACGAUCUGGUCGGGAUAUCAAUUCUUAUGAAACAACCACAGGUUCCAACUUCCCUCUUUAAAUUCUUGUCCGUGCUUGAAGACUCAGUUUGGUUCUGUAUUCUGGCAGCCUACGUUGUGACAUCUGUGAUAAUGUGGAUCUUUGACAGAUGGUCCCCAUACAGUUACCAGAACAACAUGGAGAAGUAUAUUGACGAUGAUGAAAAAAGAUAUUUCAAUCUCAAGGAAUGCCUUUGGUUCUGUAUGACUUCACUCACACCUCAGGGAGGAGGUGAGGCUCCUAAAAAUCUGUCUGGUAGAUUAGUUGCUGCCACCUGGUGGCUUUUUGGUUUCAUCAUCAUUGCUUCAUAUACUGCUAACUUGGCCGCUUUCCUCACCGUUUCUAGGUUGGAGACCCCUGUUGAAAGUUUAGAAGAUUUAGCCAAGCAAUACAAAAUCAAGUAUGCUCCUAAAAACGGUUCCUCUGCAGCAGUCUAUUUCCAAAGAAUGGCUUAUAUUGAAGAAAGAUUCUAUGAUUUAGGACAGAUUUGGCAGAGUAUGCAGGAAGCCAAACUCCCUGACACUGAUGAGGAAGCCUAUGCUAGAGUCCGGGCCUCUCCAUCCUCCUCAGAGGGUUUUGCAUUCCUAGGAGAAAGCACUGAGAUUAAGUAUGCACAGCUUCUGGACCCUUGUAAUUUAAUCCAGGUUCACUCCGGGAUUGCAUCCCGUAAACCGUAUGCUAUUGCUCUACAGAAAGGAUCUCCUAUCAAGGAAUUCACGCCAAAAUGGUAA